AUGGCGUCCUCGACAUCCUCUCACUCAGACCCUGACGCCAUCCANAAAGCAGAAGCAGAUCACCUCGAAAACUCGGCCAUCAAUCCUCGCUGGACACCUGGAUAUGGCCCUCUAUCACGCAUCCCCACCGACGAAUCUUAUCUCCCUGCCUUUGGAGGUGCCUUCCAACCCGGUCUAUACAAACCCCCAGAUCGAAAGCUCGCGAACCCGGCGCCAUUGGGAUUGGCCGGCUUCGCGUUGACGACNUUUUUGCUCAGCUUGAUUAAUUUGGGGACGAGGGGUAUUGCGACGCCUAAUAUUNNGGAGAUGGCUGUAGGCAACACUUUUGGUGCUACGGCAUUGACAUCGUAUGGUGGCUUUUGGAUUGGCUUGGGUAUUAUCUUCACACCAGGCGGUUUCGAAAUUGCAUCGGCGUAUGGAGGUGCAACACCAGCUUUCUACGCAGCAGUAGGAUUCUAUCUUUACGGCUGGUUCAUCUUCACCUUNUUGCUCUGGCUCCUCACCCUCCGCUCCACAGUCGCCNNUUUUUCCUCCCUUUUUCUUCUUNNUGUAUGGCUCACCUUCCUCAUGCUGGCAACCGGAUACAUGUAUACCUCCACUGUAGACGGUGUUACUGCUCCCAACAACAGUCUCAAUCUUGCAGGCGGUGCUUUUGGCAUCAUUGCUGCGUUUAUCGCUUGGUGGAAUAUGUUUGCUGGUAUUGCGGAUAGGGGCAAUAGUUUCUUCUUAGUGCCUGUUGCGCANUUUCCUUGGAGUGAGAAGGGGAGACAGAGGAAGAGAGAGAAGGCGGAGAGUAUUAGGGAUGUUGAGAAGGGUGAUUAG